AUGAAAGUUUCAAUCUUAGCUGCGGUCAUCCUGGCACUUUCUGCAUUCACAGAAGCGCUGCCAAAGCCAAAGAAAGUUUGGCCAGGAUGGAAAGGGAUCAAAUACUUCUUUGUGUUCGGCGACUCUUAUACAACAACAGGCUUUAAUGUCAAUCUAGCCCAGCCGAAUCCAUCCAAUCCAUUAGGCAAUCCUGACUUCCUAGGCUUCACAUCUUCAAACGGUCCAAAUUGGGUCGACUUCCUCACCCUCACAUACAAUUGCAGCUACAUCCAGACCUACAACCUCGCCUUCGGUGGCGCAACCGUCGACUCCGCCCUCGUCAUGCCCUGGAAACCAACUGUGCUCUCUCUCAAACAACAAGUCCGAGACGAGUACCUCCUGGCCUACGGAUCCCACCCAAAGGGCGUCCCUUGGGCCUCAUCCGACUCACUCUUCUCCAUAUUCAUCGGCAUCAACGACAUAGGAAAUUCGUACUCUGCAAAAAACGCAUCGCUAUAUCCGAUCAUCUUUAAGGAAUAUGAAGGGCUCAUUAAACAGUUAUACAACACCGGCGCGCGCAACUUUCUCUUCCUCACUGUGCCCCCCGUUCACCGCUCCCCCCUCACCCUCGCUACGGACUCUGCCUCCCAGGUUCUCGAAAAACACGCCAUAGCCGAUUUCAACGCGCGCAUCGCGCACCUCGCCUCUUCCCUCCGGUCUACGCACUCCGACGCCACCGUCUUCGUCCACGAUACCUAUUCCCUCUUCAACAAAGUGCUGGAUAACCCAAAGUCCCUGCCUCAGACUAAGGGAUAUAAGAAUACGACAGCGUACUGUGACGAGUAUGCAAACGGUACGCCGGAGUGGGACAGCUUCAAUGCGACAUGUGGGAUUCCGGUGGACGAGUACUUCUGGUUGAAUAGCUUGCAUCCUACGUAUCCGAUGCACAAUGCCACUGCGGCGACUAUCGUAAAACUGAUCGACCCGAAACCAUGGUGGUGGGGCUGGGUCUGGGGGUGGUAGAAGUCGGUUGCCUCCAUUCGCAUGAUGGUGAACGAGUUAGCUUUGGAUAAUUGGGAACGCAUGGAGAAGAGGAGAGGCCAUGAAUACGCGCGUAAUGUAGAGAAAUUAUUGAAAGUGCAGGAGAUGUUGUGCAACCACUAGUAUACAGUAGGAGUGCGUCACGUG